AUGUUUCUAUGGAAAAAAGCUGUGAAAGUCUUGAGAGUAGGCUCUUUCAGAGGUUCUAACAAGUCAGUAAUGGAGGAUAAAUACGCAGAUUGGAGCAAGGAACAACUGAUUGAGAGACUUCUGGAGCUGGAAACCAGCGAGCCUGCAGGUGGACAGAAGCCAUCACCGUCUGCUUCUACUUUACCAAACAAGGUAAAACCGCCUAAAAAAGCCAAAGCAUCGAGAAAGUUUGACUUUUCUAAAUAUGAUAGAAGGUUCAUCGCAUUGAAGUUUGCAUAUCUUGGUUGGAACUAUAAUGGCCUAGCAAUUCAAAAAGAACCUACCCCGCAGCCGACAAUUGAAGGAGUCAUAAUCGAAGCAUUGAAUAAAUGUAAAUUGGUGCCUUCAACCGAGCCGCAGACUUUUCAUUUUAGUAGAUGUGGAAGAACUGAUAAAGGUGUCAGCGCUAUGAAUCAGGUAAUCUCUUUAUAUGUCAGGUCGAAUCUGAAUCCGGAAGAACAGCUAGACCCCCAAAAUGAUCCCAGAGAGAUUCCAUACGUUAACAUACUAAACCAAUUACUGCCGGAUGACAUUCGCAUCUCGGCUGUCUGUUUGAGACCUCCCAAAGGGUUCGAUGCGAGAUUUAGCUGCCAGUACCGCCAUUACCGGUAUUUGUUCCACAAAGAGGGCUUGGAUAUUCAGAGAAUGGGUGAGGCUGCUUCUUUAUUUCUUGGAGAACAUGAUUUCCGCAAUUUUUGCAAAUUAGAUGGCUCGAAACAGAUUACAAACUACAGGAGGACUAUCAUGAGUGCCAAAAUCCUUCCGAUCUCAGAUGAUUUCUACUGUUUUGACCUAAUUGGCUCAGCUUUCUUGUGGCAUCAGGUUCGCUGCAUGAUGGCAAAUCUAUUUCUGGUGGGGCAAAAUUUAGAAGAAGUUUCGUUGAUUUCUGAUAUGCUGGAUGUGGAGAAAACGCCUCGUAAGCCAAUAUAUGAUAUGGCUAGUGAAGUUCCAUUAAUUCUAUAUGACUGUAAGUUUCCAAAUAUGGAGUGGAUAGAGACUAACCUGGAUGAUUAUAAGGCAAUCAAGUACGGAAAAGCCAUCGGCGCUUUGACACUGGGCUAUCAGCUGAAGGCAGAGAUUGCUCAAAUAUUCAAGGAAGUCCUGCCCUCAUCAAGUGCUAACCUAGCUGGCAAAACCACAAUAAACUUGGGUAACGGAAAAGGCAAAGUUAUCACGAAGUAUGAAAAGAUGUCUCGAAGAAACGUGAUGGAAGCACCUGAAACAGUGAAUGAGAAAUUCAAGCAACGUAAAAGAUUCAAGAAUGAAGCUAAGAGAACAGAUGCUGUAAGCAGCUCAUGA